GACAUCAAAAAUGAAAGCUGUUGCAUAUAAAUCUAAAGGUUCGAAAUUAGAGUUAAUAGAAUUGCCAAUCCCAGAGCCAAAAAAGGGAGAGGUAAGAUUAAAGGUUAUUUCAUGUGGUAUUUGUCAUACUGAUAUGUUAUGUGGUGUUUUAAUACAAUCCCAAAGAGUACCAGGCCACGAAGUCAUUGGAUCUAUUGAAAAGAUGGGUGAAGGUAUAGAUACAGAGAGAUUCAAGAUUGGUAUGGUAGUCGGAGUAGGUUGGUUUGGUGGCAAUCAUUGUACAAAGUGUAGAUCAUGUUUGGAAGAUCAAUGGAUCCAUUGUAAACAUCAAACCAAUUGUGGUUUGCACUAUGAUGGUGGUUAUGCAGAGUAUAUGACAUGUCCCGAAGAUGCAUUGGUAGUUAUACCGGAUGGAAUGGAUCCAGUAGAGACAGCUCCAUUAUUAUGUGCCGGUGUUACAGUCUUUAACGGCUUUAGAAAUCAAUACAUUAAAGCAGGUGCAUUGGUCGGUGUUCAAGGUAUUGGUGGUUUGGGUCAUUUAGGAAUUCAAUUUUGUCGUAAGAUGGGUUAUGAAGUUAUUGCAAUGUCAUAUGGCAACCAUAAAAGAGAGCUAGCCAUGCAAUUAGGUGCAAACCAUUAUGUCGACAUGUCAAGUAAAGAUUGUGUAGAAAAAAUUCAAAAAAUCGGUUCAGUUAAAUGUAUUAUCUGCACAGCUCCUUCUGCCUCGGCACUUCCUGGUUUGAUUGAUUGUCUAGGUGUAAAUGGAAAAGUAGUUGUAACAGCAGCAUUCCCCGAAGACUUUAGUGCAUCAUCGAUUAAAUUAAUCGAUGGAUCUAAAUGUGUUAUGGGCUGGGCCUCUGGUGAUUCGCGUGACUCUACAGACACUAUUCACUUUGCCAGAUUAAAUGAUAUCAAGCCAAUGGUAAAAGUAUUCCCAUUAGAAAAAGCAGCUGAAGCUUUGGAAAAUAUUGACAAAGCAAGAUUUAGAUAUGUCAUUUCAUUUUUACCAGAAUCAAGAUUAAAUAGUUAUAAAAUAAAUGAAAGAAUAAAUAAAAACUAAAAUUUAGAUUUUUAAAU